ACGAACAAAAUUUUUCUUUCUUCUAUUCGUCUUUUUUUGCGGGUACGAACAGUUAAACGCAACUAUUUCCUCAGUAUUUCGAGCGAAUUUAGACACAAAAGCGUUUAAUAUUAGUUACGAAUCGCGUUGAUCGCAAAGUAGUUUUGAAAUACAUUUGGAAAUAUGUCGGAAACAACGGGAACAAUAUAUCCACCAGUUUCUUGGGCACAGAGAUACGAUGUGCUCUAUGUCAUAAUUGAUGUCGAAUGCAACAACAUCGAACAUAAUGUGACCGAAAAUAGUUUCACCUUUAAGGGUGUUAAUGCCCUAGAUGCCACUAAAAAAUAUGAAGUUACACUAAAUUUCUUACAUCCCGUGGAUCCCGAAAGAGUGACGAGUAAGAACAUUGGCAGGUGCCUAGAAUUCACUAUUUAUAAGAGAGAAAAGGGUCCCUACUGGACUUCCCUCACCACCGAUAAAAACAAAUUGCACUUCUUGAAAGCGAAUUUCGCCAAGUGGAUAAAUGAGUCUGAAGACGAAGAUGAGGGUGAACCUGAAACCCCCUUCAAUAAUCUUUUCAAUUCGUCUUGGGAUAAGAAAUUCGACGAUAUGGGUCUGGACGAUGACGAUUCAGAUGAUGACAAUAUCCCCAGCUUAUCCAAAAAUGAUGAAAGCGAAGACUCUUCGAUAGAAGACGACGAUAAGAAGUCUUCUGAAGCGAACAGUGUGCAGAAGUAAACAUAACCUUAAAAAAAAUCACAAAAAGAAACUCCAAACUAUACAUAAAAAUCCCCUAUUAAUAUAAAUAAACUUUUUUUUCCAAAAAUGGGGGAAAAGAAAAAUCGAAAAACAUUUCAACAACUAUACUGAAAAAUCAUUUAAAAUUUAGUAUGUAAAUUAAUGCUAAAGCAUAAAUCAUUAUUUUAUGUUUUCUUUUGUUUCGAGGUAAACUUUCACUAAGGUACGUGAGUACUAACAUAGAAUUUAUAAGCCAGAAGAAUGUGCACCGUAUAGUCACUCAACUCACAUAAACCUACAUACUUACGUACAUUACGUACAUUCACAUAAAAAAACGUUGAUUAUGGAGGUUAGUUUUUCCUGUGAAUGAAGGAAAUCGUAUGCGAUUUAACAACCAUUCAAUAUUUUUACAUUGAUGAGAAAUGCAUAUUUUAACUUUUAUAUAUAAAUACAAGUUUAGUGUUCGCGCAUAGCGUAGCGAAUUCGUAAGCAAACUACAUUCAAAACAAAAUAUGGAAAUUGGCAGGAAAAGAAAUUAAAAAAAAAAACAGUCUUAAUUUUUUGUUUGUUUUUUAAUAAAUAGCAAAAAGCGAUUAAUAUAACUUAAAGGAAAGCAUUUCUUGUUGCAAAUCAAAUAAUUCAUUUAAUCAACACAUAUUUUAAUGAUUCACCUUACGCAGUCCCUCUAUGAUAUUCCAACUAAAAUGUUUCCGUAUUGAUAAAAAUGUUAAAUUGUGAAAAUAAACGCUUCGAAAAGAAAUAAAUCGUACGCCUAAACUUAAA